CGGUGAACAACGCGGGGCCUGGCGGCAGAAGUGCAAAGAGGGGGCCCAGCUGGGGCGGGCCCAGGCUACAGUCCCCCGAGAGGGCCCCGGCCACCGCAUCCCUGUCCCUGAGCCCAGGGGGCCGAGCCGGGUCCCCAGCGGGCUGGGGGGCGCCCCCUGACCCCCAUCGGCCAGGCCAGGCCUGAGGGGCGUGGCCAGCGCCAGGGGGAGGGGCCGGUGAGAGACGCAGGAGAGACAGACAGGGACCGACAGGGCGCGGGCCGCUGCGCUGAGCCCCCAUCCUGGGCUAUUUUUAGCCCCCGCGGACCCCGCUUCCAGGCGGGGAGGACUCGUCGCCCCUCCUCCAGCCCCGGAGGACGUCGCGCAGCCGGGCGUCCUGAGCUGCCGCGCCCUCCAUCCGUGCCCUGCGGAAACGGGGCCGCGCCGGGGUCCUCUGUGCGUCCCGCCCCCGGCCGUGACUCGGUUGCCCCGGGGGCCCCGGGAGGCCCGACCGCCCUGCUCCCCGCUCCGCCCUCCCCGGCCUGAGCCCGACACCCGCACGUCGGCCAGCCGGGCUGUGCGACAGGGGCGACCCCAGCGCAGGCCACGGAUCGUCGUCUCCAGAGGAGGGGACACUGAGGCUUGGCACAGUUUACUCCCCCCCCCCCCCCUCGCCAGCCUGGGACUCCGGCGAGCCGGUCGGAGGUCAGCGUCGCCCCUGCAGGAGUCUGGGUGUGCCCGAGCCGUCCCCGCCCGCCGCCCCCGGCCUGAUGGGUUGGUGACCCGGCGCCAUGUGGCCCAACGGCAGCGCCCCGGGGCCCUGUUUCCGGCCCACCAACAUCACCCUGGAGGAGCGGCAGCUCAUCGCCUCCCCCUGGUUCGCCGCCUCCUUCUGCCUCGUGGGCCUGGCGUCCAACCUGCUGGCCCUGAGCGUGCUGGCCGGUGCGCGGCAGGGCGGCUCGCGCGCCCGCUCUUCCUUCCUCACCUUCCUCUGCGGCCUGGUCCUCACCGACUUCGUGGGGCUGCUGGUCACCGGCGCCAUCGUGGUGGCCCAGCACGCCGUCCUCUUCGACUGGCGCGCCGUGGACCCCGGCUGCCGCCUCUGCCAGUUCAUGGGCGUCGUCAUGGUCUUCUUCGGCCUCUGCCCGCUGUGGCUGGGGGCCGCCAUGGCCUCGGAGCGCUACCUGGGCAUCACCCGGCCCUUCUCGCGGCCCGCGGCCGCCUCCCGGCGCCGCGCCUGGGCCACGGUGGGGCUGGUGUGGACCUCGGCGCUGGCGCUGGGCCUGCUGCCCCUGCUGGGCGUCGGCCGCUACACGGUGCAGUAUCCCGGCUCCUGGUGCUUCCUGACGCUCGGCGCCCAGCCGGGGGACGUGGCCUUCGGCCUGCUGUUCUCGCUCCUGGGCGGCCUCUCGGUGGGACUGUCCUUCGUGCUGAACACGAUCAGCGUGGCCACUCUGUGCCACGUGUACCACGGCCAGGAGGCCGCCCAGCAGCGCCCACGGGACUGUGAGGUCGAGAUGAUGGCUCAGCUCACGGGCAUCAUGGUGGUGGCCACGAUCUGCUGGAUGCCGCUGCUGGUGUUCAUCGCCCAGACGGUGCUGCGCAGCCCGCCCGCCAUGAGCCCGACCGGACAGCUGUCCCGAGCCACGGAGCAACGGCUGCUCAUUUACCUGCGCGUGGCCACCUGGAACCAGAUCCUGGACCCCUGGGUGUACAUCCUGUUCCGCCGGGCCGUGACCCGGCGUCUCCACCCUCGCCUCGGCGCCCGGCCCAGGUCGCUGUCCCUGCAGCCCCAGCUCACCCAGAGGCCCACGGUGCAGUAGGACCCGGGGGGGGGGGGGGGGGGGGGACAGCCAGACGGGGUGCUCCCGAGGGUCACGGCCCGUCUCUUCUGAAGCCCCAGGAGCCGGGAGCGUCGGAAGGACCGAGACGUUGAAGGGCAGGCCUGCGGGCUGUCCUCCAUCCGCCCUGGGGACUCCCUAACUCCUCCCUCCCGUCCCUUCUCCCCCCUCCCCGCAAGGGUGGGCAGGCCUGUGGGGUGGGUGUCCGAGGAGAUCAGACUUGCAAGCCUCCCCUUCCAGAAAUCCUCCAGAAGUGGGGGCCCUUGGACCCGAUGCGACCUGCUUACUGGGGGGGUACCGUUGAGUCAGCUUGACGCCCCCACCCAAGAAGGCCCUGUUUAGAAAAUAUUGAGCACGAAUAGGCAGGACACCCCCUCCCUGGCCAAAAUACAUCUUAGCCCGCCGGCCGUCUUUGUUUCCCCCUGGGUCCAGACGGCAUAGAUCUUCACCGACAGGCGGGCGGCCGCCUGAGCAGAGCUGGGGUGCAGGGGAAGGGGGGGGGAGGGGGCUGGGUUCUGACUCCUCACCUCCUUUCUGGAGUCUUGACUAAGCACUUUGUGGGUCCGGUCUCCUGUCAUCCUACAGUCCCUGGGGUUCUGGCAUGAAACGCAUUCGCAGGUGAGGAAAAGAGAGGAGACAGACAGAGACAGGCAGGACUGGGACGUGAACAAUUGCUACCCAGCCCCCCGCCCCCGUCCCAAGCAGGGCUCACUCCC